AUGGAAAACUUAAACGAUGAGGAUAUCAAACUCAAAAGUUCCCUAGAAAACACAUUUAAAGAAAUAGAUCAAUUUUUUAGUGAUGCUGGGAUUAUCUUUUCUAAAUCGGAACACUUUAAUCUUGUGAAAGAAAUUAAUGCCACAAUGAAUAGCUUUCUUGGCCCUCGAAAAGAAAUUUAUAAUAGGAACGUUCAAACUAAUGCUAAAAACUUUUUGGAGAGUGCUAAAGAAGUUGCAAAGGCAUUUAAAGAAGUUUUCAAUUCUUUAAAAAAAGAAUCCAUCGAAAGUUUCAAAGAGGCUUACAAAAAAUAUAACAGAAAAGUAGAAAAUUCUAAAAAUAUUUAUAGUGAAUUGGAAAAAUGUCUUUCUGAGUAUGGAAGUCAUACCUCCAGUGCCUGUUCGGGAGUUUCUUCUAGUAUUCCAGGGAAAGAAACUUCAUGCAAACAUUUAAAAUCAGAAAGAGCUAAUAGGGCUUUAAGUCAAGCUUUGAGCUUUAAAAAAAAAUAA